GCUGCGUCCACGAUUCUCUAUAAUUUCUUAUAGAAACAUAGAAACAUAGAAAAUAGGUGCAGGAGUAGGCCAUUCGGCCCUUCGAGCCUGCACCGCCAUUCUAUAUGAUCAUGGCUGAUCAUCCAACUCAGAAUCCUGUACCUGCCUUCUCUCCAUACCCCGUGAUCCCAUUAGCCACAAGGGCUACAUCUAACUCCCUCUUAAAUAUAGCCAAUGAACUGUCCUCAACUACCUUCUGUGGCAGAGAAUUCCAGAGAUUCACAACUCUCUGUGUGAAAAAUGUUUAUCUCAUCUCGGUCCUAAAGGAUUUCCCCCUUAUCCUUAAACUGUGACCCCUAGUUCUGGACUUCCCCAACAUCAGGAACAAUCUUCCUGCAUCUAGCCUGUCCAACCCCCUUAGGAAUUUUGUACGUUUCUAUAAGAUCCCCCCUCAAUCUUCUAAAUUCUAGCGAGUACAAGCCGAUUCUAUCCAGUCUUUCUUCAUAUGAAAAUCCUGACAUCCCAGGAAUCAGUCUGGUGGUUCUGGAUGGAGCUGUUCCCAAAUUAAGCUACGAUGCAUCUCGAUCAAAUGCUUCUAUGGUAACUUACGAAGGCUUACAAAGCCAUUUCUUCUAUCUUUUAAAGAUAGUAAAUCACUGUCGCCCUUUGCAAAUGCUGAGCAAACACACCAUAAUAUAAAUUACAUUAAAUUGAAAGACAUUUCCUGUAAACCUCAAACAUGACAUCCUUUAUUGAUAUUCACUUUCACAAUAUGGUGGAAAGUACCUCUGUUUAAAAUACAUUGAAAAAUUCAACUAUUAGAUCUGUUUCUUCUCUAAAAUGUCAACAAGCAUCUUAUUCCAAAGAACACUGGAAGUGCUGGAGUAAUUCAAUGGGCCAGGCAGCAUCUACAGUUUCUUGUCUCCACCUUAGACUUUGUCAUAUCAAUAAUCAACUGUCUAACACUAAUAGUAACACUAUCCAUACUUACCUUUGUAAAAGAAAAUCCCUUGCUUUUGACUUAAUUGGGUAAAUUUAAAUGCAUUUAUGUGCAUUAAGUGUUUGCAAAUAAUUUCAAUUGUUUUGUUAAUUAAAAAAUUGAAGCUGAAGGGAGGCCUGAUGGAAAUGUAUCAAGUUGUGAGAGACAUAGACAGGAUGGACAGUCAGAGCCUGGGUCCCAGUUUGGAGAUAUCAAAAAUAGAGGGCAUAAUUUUAAUGUCAGAGGGGGAACGUCUAAAAGGAUGUGGGGGCGUUUUUUUACACUUAUUAUGGUGGGGGCCUGGAAUGCAUUACCAGGAGUGGUGGUGGAAGAUUUUAGAUACGCACAUGAAAAGGUAGAGACGUGUAGGAAAGAACUGUAGAUGUGAGUUUAAAGCAAAGAUAGACACAAAGUGCUGGAGUGACACAGCAGGACAGGCAGCAUCUCUGGAGAGAAGGAAUGGGUGAUGUUCCAGGUCGAGACCCUUCUUCAGAUAUGGGUCACGUGCAGGCAGAGGAUAUUAACUUGCCAUCAUGUUGGGAACAGUUCCUGUUCUAUGUUCUAAAAAUAAAGCAAUGUUAUAAUUUUUUUUUGCUUCUUUAAUUUUUAUUGAUGAUUGGAUGUUUUCAAUUGUAACCAAAUAUUUUUGCGGGCAAGGUUUGUUCAGACUGUGCCAUUAGAUGUGAUCUAUAACAGGCAACAUCAUUCUAUCCUCAUAACCUCAUUGAUUUGGUCAGAGUCAGCUGCUUGUAACAAAUUUGUGCCAGGGUCCUACUUGAGCCAUGGGGAGAUUUAAUGUAGAGUUGAUCUGCAACAGUGGGGCACUCACCCAGGCUGUUAUGUGGAGCACUAUAUAACCAUGUUUUGGUUACCUGAUCUUUAAUGUGAAAUGUAUAUCCCAGAUUAUUUAACCACUCCCUUGACUGAACCAGAUGUUAAAGCUAUUAGAUUAGUUUGAUUGCCUCUGAAACAAUUAAAAUGACCUACAAUUAUAGAAUACUCAGGCACAAUACAAUGGAUGCAAGAAACACAAAAAUAGUUUCUGGAAGUGCAAUCACAGCAAAGCAGAUGAGGAGCAGUUUAAGGUCUUCUCAAAAUGUUUAGAUAGUUCAAGAUAACUCAUCCCAUCCUCUGCAUGGAGUGAUUUUCCGUGUGGAUUUUACAUAGCGAUGAAAGACAGAAUAGUUAAAGUUUGCUUUACUCAAGUUUGGGAAGUUCCUCAGGAGUUUCCCUCUUUGACAAAAUUCACCUCCAAACAUUGUGCAAAUUGAAAGUGGAAGAGGUCAAUAAAAGGGAUUUCAGUGCACCACUCUUCAGUCAAACACCAACAGAGAGGAAGGACAGAGUCGUGGACAAACAGAGGAUUCCUCAGCAGAGGACGAAUCAACAGUGAAGUAAAAAUGAGCAGGACAUCUACCAUGGCAAUUCUGCUUCUGCUUCUGUGUGCCUUUGCUGCUCAUGGUAUUCCCACCUUAAAAAUCCAAAGACGUUGUCAAUGCAUUCAAUCAACCUGGAAAUUUAUUCGCCCGAAGUUCAUGAAGAGCAUUAAAUAUAUUCCCAGAGGUUUGAACUGUGAGAGCCUGGAGAUAAUAGUCAAGAUGAAAAGUGGGAAAAAAAUCUGUGUGAAUCCCCGUGCCAAAUGGUUGAAGGCCAUCUUUAAGGCUGGCUUUGGACCCAAAACUAAGAAAUUAAUCGAUUGAACUCAAUUCCACUUCUGGAUCACCUCAACUAUUACAAAUGAUGCAACUGAACGCUUCGCUCUAUAACUUCUGAGAGCUUGUUCUACAAUUUCCUACUUUGUUUCUAAUAUUUCCACUUGUCAAAGCAUGAUGUCUACACAAUACGAUUUUAAUAAGAUAUUACUAAUUAAGUUCGCUAUUUACAUAAACUUCUUGAAAUGGCUGCAAUAUUUCCCACGGUAUAUUUUAUGUGGAUUUUAUCAAAUUAUUAAGUUGUUAUUCAAUUUGCUUGCUAUUGGCAAUAAAUGCUGGCUUGUCAAUGAGAGGGAUCCCACAGAAUUGAUAAAUAAAUGAAUAAUCUGCAUUAAUUUUAAGAAUUAUUUUUAUUUCUCUGCAUUUUUAGUUUAAAUAAAAAUAAUUGUGUUUGUGAUAUUUUAAAAUCUGGUUUGUUUUAGUUCUUGUGUUAAAUUGCUUGAUAUUAAAGUUAAUGAGUUUCAUGGAUGACAUGUUCAGCAUGGACUUGAUGGACUAAAGGGUCUAUUUCCAUGCUGUACCUCCAAACUGAAAAUGAAACAUGUAGCUAUUUGGCAUAAUAAACAUUCCAAGAUACUUAAUAGGAAUACAGACAGACAAACAUGACAUUAUAAUGUAAAGAGAUUAUGAUCAAAGUUUUGGUGAAUCUGAAAGUAAUGCCUUGAGGAGAUGAAAGGAGAGAAAUAAAAAGGUUUAAAGUAUGAAUUCCAGAACUUACAGGUUUGGUAAUAUAGGGACCCACCUAAAACGUCACCUAUCAAUUCCCUUCAUGGAGUAGCACAGUUGUUUCUAGAUACCCAGUUUCCAUCCUGACUACAGUUGCUGUCUGAAUGGAGUUUGUACUUUCUCCCUGUGACCGCGUGGAUUUUCUCCGGGUACUUGGGAUUCCUCCCACACUCCAAAAAUGUGCAGGUCUAUAGGUUAAUUGGCUUUGGUAAAAUUAUAAAUUGACCCCAGUGAGUAGGUACCUUCCUUCAGUAGAAGUUGCGAUUAUUGUGGUACGCAAAAGGGAAAGAUGAUAAAGCACACAUACCAAAAUCCUGUACUUACAGCGGCAGAAGUCUGCAGGAACUGGAGGACAGAGAUGUGCGGGGCAACCGUCACCGUUCCCGUUGGAAACCAGCACCAGUGCAUCGCUAAUGAUUUCAACGAUGAUGAAUGAAUGCAGGAUAGUGCAAGUAUGGGGUGAUCGCUGGUCGAUCUGGACUUGAUGGGCCAAAGGGCCUGUUUCCAUGCUGUUUCACCAAAGUCUAAAGUAAAAAUUUCGUUAUUUCAACACUUUGCGUUUUACUCGAUUCCAACAUCUAUAGUUUCUUGUGUGGCCAUCAAUUGAUUGCUGAUGAAAACCAGGAAUCCUCAGACAGUCAGAAAAAAGAAGACAGACAUUGAAGAGUUAUAAUCGUGGAGAUUGAUAAAAAAUACGUCUAUUGAUGCUCCUGAACACAUCAUCAGUGAUGUAAACUGGGGUCAUUGGGUCUUUCAACAUCAGAUUCCCUCACUCAGGCGACCCAGUCAUGGUUGACCUGACCACGACUUGUGUUCAGGUGGCAUUUGCUCCUCCCAUGGACCUUCUCUCCUGAUCCAGAGCCAUCUCGAGGCCUUCUCCGCUGCCUCUGUGGUGUUCUUGAUGGCUCUUCUCCUCGCCACUCCCUUGAUGCCCAGUGCACUCAAGGCUUUGUAGAGCAAUUACCCUGCAAAGCCUCUGCAGCCAACCAUGAUGGGCAUACACCUUGCCUUCCAGCCCUGCUUACGGCAGUCUAUGACCAGUUCUUCAUACUUGGUCAUCUUCCUCUCG